AUGUCCAAUAUUCCUGAAAAGAGACCGUCCGAACAACCGGAAGAGGCAGAGGCAAAGAAGCCACAUAUUGAACCAAGACAUGAUCACUUUGCUAAAGGAAUUGCCCCAAUCAAAGCUGAAUUUAUCGUUGAGAAUCCAGACGUACCAGUAGAAGAAAAAUACGUUAACGAUGACGAAGCCGAAGGUGGAGAUAGACAGGAAGAAGAAAGUGGGAAAGGUAAAAAUAAGAAGAGAAGGGGCCAAAACAAGAAGCGUGAUUUAAAACAGCAACAUGAAGAAGUCAGAUUAUGUUCCUCGUUGUUAGAUCCAGAAAACCCAAAGGAAUGUAGAUUUGGGGCAGAAAACUGCCGUAAUUCGCAUAAUGUUGAAGAAUAUAUUGCAUCUAAGCCUGAAGAUAUCGAGGGUAAUUGUCCGGUCUAUACUGCUAUCGGAUACUGUCCGGCUGGUUUGAAGUGUAGAUGGUUACAUUCCCACUACAACAAAGAGACACAUAAGUUACUCAAAGAUUUGGAGCAAGUGGAAAAGGCAAAAGCUUUGAAUAACUACGAAGUUAAUAAGAUUACUCCAGAUAAGAAGACCAGUUUACAAAAGAAGAAAUAUACGUUUGAGUAUGCGUCUCAGAUGAUUCCAUACUUAGAUUCUUUGGUUCAGAAUGAAGCAAAUAUUGAAAAGGCUCAAGAACAAGCCAAGGAAAAUCAAUCCACUUUUGUCGAAGCUCCAUUCAAAGUUGCAGAGAAGAAGAAAUUGAAUUUACGUGAUGCUAAGAUUGUUUCGCCGUUAACUACCGUUGGUAAUUUGCCAUAUCGUCGUCUUAUGAAGACUUUAGGUGCUGAUGUUACUUAUUCAGAAAUGGCAUUAUCAGUGCCUCUCUUACAAGGUACUAAUGCGGAAUGGGCAUUGCCAAAAGCGCACAGAACUGAAUAUCCAGGGUAUGGGGUUCAAAUUGCCACUUCUAAGCAUUGGGCUGCUGCAAAAGCGGCUGAAGCCAUUUAUCAAGAAGCAACCCACGUUUCGGAAUUGAAUUUAAACUGCGGUUGUCCAAUUGAUUUACUUUACCGUCAAGGUCAAGGUUCAGCUUUGAUGGAACAGCCUGCUCGUUUGUUACGUAUUUUGAAGGCAAUGAAUGCAUCUUCUGGUGAUAUUCCAGUUACCGUUAAAAUCAGAACAGGUACGAAAGAAAAUAAGAAUACGGCCAAGGCAUUAGUUGAGCGUAUAUUGAGUGAAAAUGAAGUUGCAGCCAUUACCUUGCAUGGUCGUUCCAGACAACAACGUUACACUAAAGAGGCAGAUUGGUCGUAUGUCCAAGAUGUUGCAAAUGUAGUACAAGACUGGAAUAAUAAGAAAGAAGACAACAAGGAAUUGAGAGACACUCAACCAACAUGUUUUGUUGGUAAUGGGGAUGUCUACACUCAUGAGGAUUGGUAUAAUGCCGUUAAUAUCCCAGGUGUUGAUUCAGUUAUGGUUGCUCGUGGUGCAUUAAUCAAACCAUGGAUUUUUGAAGAAGUUGAAGCACAACAAUACUUAGAUAAGUCAUCUACAGAAAGAUUAGAAAUGAUAGGCCAAUUUGCUAAGUUUGCCAUUGAGCAUUGGGGGUCUGACGAGUACGGGGUCGGGUUAGCCAGAAGGUUUAUGUGUGAAUUCUUAGGUUUUACUCAUAGAUAUAUUCCUGUUGGAAUCUUAGAAAGAUUACCACCAAAACUAAACCAAAGGCCUCCACAAUGGAAAGGUAGAGAUGAACUUGAAACUCUUUUAGGAUCAACCGACUACAAAGAUUGGAUUAAGAUUACCGAAAUGUUUUUAGGUAAGGCUGGUCCGAACUUUCAAUUCGUUCCAAAGCAUAAGAGUAAUGCCUACGAAAAAUCUUAG